AUGCUCGGCCUCUUUUCUAAGGUGCUCUCCUACUUCUGGAGACGUGCAGGUGACGAGGAAAGAGAAGAUGAGAGAUGGGCGGCCUCAGGUGAUAAAGAAUUAAAAACUGUACAAGGAGUAGUGACAAGAUUUUGCCAUGAUUAUGGGAUGAUAGAUGACAUGAUAAUCUUCACGAAGGAUGCUGUUACAAAAAAUAUGCCUCUGACUGUUGGACAGGAAGUUACUGCCACUGUUGAAGAGGAUAAAACAUCAGGUGGCUUGAAGGCUAUCAGGGUAGAUGCAGCCCAGAAUACGUGGGGAGAGUCCAAUCCUACCUGUGAUGCUUCUGAACUAAAUAUGAAAAUAUUAAUUGGCAAUAUUACCUCUCUCUCUAAGGAUGGUGGCUAUAUUAAUCAGAAUACUUUUUUUGCAAUGGAAGACGUCUGUGAAGGUUUCAAACCUUGUGAAGGUGACUGGGUGCAAGCGAAAUAUUUUAUUAACCCAACAACAUGGAACAGUGAAGCAGUUGCUGUAAAGCCUUUGAGAUAUAAGCAAAUAGAUAAGGUUCGCAUUUCCAGCAUCUGUGGAAGAAGUGGUACAGUAGAUGACAGUAUAUUUUUCACUUUGGAUUCAUUGAGACUUCCUGAUGGCUAUUCACCUUGUAAACAUGAUCUAGUGAACACGAUUGUGGUGGAGAGCAAUCAGUCGUGUUAUAUUUGGAGAGCUCUCUGCUUGGUGCCAGUCAGCCAGGAUAGUGAGGACUUUACUGUUUGA